AUGCCUGGUACGGCCGAGCGUGUGUGGUCCAAGAAAGUUAACUGGGAUGGCCGAAGUCAUGCUCGGUCCAAGUGGGUGACCGUUGCAGCCGUAACCGCGAUCGAUCCAACAAAAGAAGUCACCGGAGCGAACCCCAUUGUCACGCUCGGUCCACCAAAGGUGAUGAUCAGAGCGGGUAAUUCCUUGACGAAACAUCUUCUCAAAGGUGAUAAUUAUGAUAUUUGGGAGAAAACCAUUGUUAAUGCUCUCGAAGGACGUAGCAGAGCAGGUUUUCUCAACCCCUCCGGGUUUCCUAAACCCACUGAUGAACAGGAAUUGGUGACAUGGAAAGCUAAUAAUUCCAUUAUUUGCUCUUGGAUGUGUAAGAGUGUUGAUGAACACAUCCAGCCCUCCAUUAUCUCCCAUAAAAUUGCUCAUGAAUUAUGGUUAGAUCUGAAGACCAGAUAUGGAGGUUCGAAUGGCCCCCGUAUUCAUCAACUGAAAUCUGAGUUCCAAUCUUUACGCCAAAAAGGACAGACGGUGGUUGUUUACUAUAAUCAAUUUGUGACUUUAUGGAACAAGCUGUAUGGAUCUGUUGAUCCAACUUGUGGUUGCCGGUGUGAGGCUGCGGCUUUGAUUCGGGCGCGUGAGGAACAUGAGAAAACUCAUCAUUUUCUGCUCGGUCUCGACGACGAACAGUUCGGUCACAUCCGCUCUCAGAUUAUUGCCACCAAACCUGUUCCGGACAUACACCGGGCUUAUGCACUCAUCGUUCAAGAGGAACGCCACAAAACCAUUGUCCGAGGCCGAGAUGGUCGUACGGACGCCCUCGCAUUUGCCAUGCAACGUCCCGCUCCUACCAUGGGUCGUGGAGACCCCCCCAUUAUUCGUGCACUCAUUGUGGAAAAGAUGGCCAUUCCGUGGAUCGUUGUUAUCAAUUGCAUGGAUAUCCGCCCGGGAAGGUCCGUGGGGGUCACGGCACUGCAUCCGGCUGUGGGGGUCGUGGCGGUGGCCGAAUGCCGUCUGGCGGCAGUAGCACCCCUGGCCGUGCGUCGAGCUGAGGGGUAGGAUCGGCGACAGGGGGAGCAAAU